AUGGACUCAAUGAUCAGCCAAGUCUCUUCACUUCUCUUUACUUCCUAUAAAGAGGAUAAUGUGGCCUUCACUUCUUCAAGACAAUUUCCACCAAAGAACACUACUACCAUUCUUACACAUCUUCAAGCACUCUUCUUCCCCGAUUUCUUUUUAAGAAAAACAGAGAGGAAUUUAAGACACACGUCUGCUUAUCUUACGGAGUUGGUCGAAAUACUGCGAUAUGGACUUUCUGCGUAUAACGAGGAAGAUCUAGUCGAAGAUGCGCUUCAGAAUGUAUUAAUUAACUUCCUCCGAAUUCGGUCAGAAAUAAAAGAAGACAUCGUUGCGGCUUACGCUGGAGAUCCGGCUGCACCUGGUCUCGCUAUAAUCAUUCGGAGUUAUCCUGGUAUUCAAGCAGUCAUGGCUUAUCGACUUGCACAUAUCUUAUACACAACAGGGGACAGAGAGUAUUGCAGAGAAAUGAUGGAAGAAAUUCACUCUUUAACGAGUAUUGACAUACACCCCGGUGCAAAAAUAGACUCCCAUUUCUUUAUAGAUCACGGCGUUGGUGUAGUUAUAGGGGAAACUGCUGAAGUUGGGAAGUGGUGUCGGAUGUACCAAGAAGUAACCCUCGGUGCUAUAAACUUUAAAGAGGAAAAUGGUAUCAUCAAACGUGGAACAAAGCGCCAUCCGACUGUUGGUGAUAAUGUAGUCAUCGGUACUGGAGCUAAAGUACUUGGUAACAUCACUAUAGGAAAUAAUGUGAAGAUAGGUGCUAAGUGUUGGAUAGUAGAAAGUAUAGAAGAUGGUAAUACGGUCUUUAUUUCUCAACACCCAACACAAACUACUCGAGAAAACAAACACAUCACUGUUGUAAAUGACAAAUUUGUACUUCAAAAACUUGAAGACAAAGAAACUCAAAAAAGAAACAAAGACAGUGACAGUAUUACAAAAGAAGACGAAAAAGUCAGUUCUUUGGAAGAAACUAGUUCUUCUCCAGAUAUUUUAAUGGAACUCUCGUGUACCCUCUUGUCCCAUAACUUCCCUAUGAAGUGCAACGUCUGA